AUGGCGCCGAUCCAGACCAAGCAUGCCUUCUGCUUCAGUUCUACCUUCAUGUUUGGUUGGAUGAUGAAACUUGAGACGUUCUUGUUCAGAGACGUGGGGUGUAAUUUUCUCAAGGCUUCAAUGACUUCGUCUGGGCUUUCGUUUUCUUCCAGCCAUCUCGAACACGUUACAAUAGUUUGGUCCCAUCUUCGGGGGAAAACACUUGCUCUUCUUACUCCAUGCAUCAAGCUCAUCGACGUGAGCCUGCUGACAACGCAAGAGCGCGAGUGGCUGGACGACUACCACGCCACGGUGCUCGCAACCCUGGGACCGCUACUCAAGGACAACGCAGAGGCCUUCGCCUACCUCGUUCGCGAAACUCGCCCACUGGAGAAGAGUUGUUGA